AUGCGUGGUGAUGCAUACGAUCUAUCCUCGAUUCUGGCGUGGGCUUCUUUCUUUUGGGAAGACAAUGUCGAACAACCACUCGAUUACCCAAAAUGGUCUCCCGAAUUCAAAGCUGCUGUCAAAGUUGCCUCUAAGAAGUUAGCCAAAUCAUUCGAAGUCUCCGAGAAAACCCAUCGCAUCGCCCACAAGCUUAUCAGAGACAAGGGAGAGACACCAGAAGCAUGUAUUCGCAUUUCCGAAUACCAUCAGUUCAUCAUGGAGAGGUACACGCUCUACCCGAACCCGAUCAAACAGCCCGAAACACGUGCAGGAAUAGUGGAAUGGGAUGCUUUCAACUGCGAGCAGGGACAGCGCCUUCGUGAUGGGGACCCCGGCCAUAUGGCCUGGGCUGUUGCCAAGCAAAUCUUUUACGACUCCGUGCAACGAGCUCUGCUUGAGAUGCCUUUGUCAAAUGCUGAAGCUUUGUCUGCAUUGCAGGAGGACUUUGCGAAGUCGUUUCCGGUCACCUUGCACAGCAUUUAG